GCGUUCAUAGACAGCAGCGGAGCUCGCGCAGAAGAAAUCAGUAUGGUUGUUUGGAAACCGCAGUAAACGUUGGUCUUCUUCAGUAGCUAUUACAACAUCCACGCACAGGUUUUCCUUUGUAAAUACGAAGAUAAACCCACAAGGCUCUGCAGCAGUAGACCUUUAAACGACUCAGUUUUUGUUGUUGGUCAUUGUGUAGUUGAUCAUGAACGUGGCUAAAAGUGGUUAUCGUGUUUUCUCGGCUAACUCUACGCCCGCCUGCAUUGAGCUCUCUAAGAGGAUUACUGAGCGUCUUGGAGUCGAGCUGGGGAAAUCAGUUGUUUACCAGGAGUCAAACAGAGAAACAAGAGUUGAGAUCAAAGAGUCUGUGAGAGGACAAACAAUCUUCAUCAUCCAAACCAUUCCCAGAGAUGUCAACACUGCUAUUAUGGAGCUGCUGAUUAUGGCCUACGCACUGAAGACCUCCUGUGCCAAGAACAUCAUCGGCGUGAUCCCGUACUUCCCCUACAGUAAACAGUGUAAGAUGAGGAAGAGAGGGUCUAUUGUGUGCAAACUGCUCGCUUCCAUGUUAGCUAAAGCAGGGCUGACUCAUAUAAUCACAAUGGAUCUGCACCAGAAAGAGAUCCAAGGCUUCUUUACAUUCCCUGUGGACAACCUGCGGGCUUCUCCAUUCCUGCUGCAGUACAUCCAGGAGGAGGUUCCUGAUUAUAGAAAUGCUAUCAUUGUAGCCAAGUCCCCAUCUGCUGCAAAACGGGCUCAGUCGUAUGCGGAGCGUUUGCGUCUCGGUCUGGCCGUCAUGCACGGAGAAGCUCAGUGUUCGGAGUCAGACAUGGCAGACGGGCGGCAUUCUCCUCCAUGUGUCCGCAACACCUUUGGACACUCCGGCUUGGAGUUGCCAUGCAAACAACAAGUUCCGUUCCCAGGCAUAGAGCUCCCAAUAAUGAUGGCUAAGGAGAAACCACCCAUCACUGUUGUCGGAGAUGUUGGAGGCCGCAUCGCCAUCAUUGUCGAUGACAUCAUCGAUGAUGUGGAGGACUUUGUUGCAGCAGCUGAGAUUCUGAAAGAGAGAGGAGCUUAUAAGAUCUACAUCAUGGCCACCCACGGGCUCUUGUCUGCGGACGCCCCGCGCCUCAUCGAGGAGUCCGCUAUAGACGAAGUGGUGGUGACCAACACUGUUCCUCACGAGGUGCAAAAGCUGCAGUGUCCUAAGAUCAAGACGGUGGAUGUCAGUAUGAUCCUGGCCGAGGCUAUCCGACGCAUUCACAACGGGGAGUCAAUGGCCUACCUCUUCCGCAAUAUCACAGUAGACGACUAGCCGACACACACGUUUGGGUUAGAGAUGAAGGUGAGGUGUAGAGUUUAGGGAAGUAUCUUAUGCAGUUGAGGUGUGCCAAUGCAGUUCCCCAUUCCCAGCUCAACUGAGGACUACAAUCACCUUCAUUUCUCAUAUGAACCGCUUUUAUUCUUCAAUACUUUCUAAACACACUCCCAUUGCCAAAUGACAUGAAUUCCAAAAUAAAUGAACAAUUACUCAAACCUGUAAAUGUACGCACACAUCUAGUUUUUUAUAAACACAAAUGAAUGCAAAGAAUAGAAAUUAUGCAAGUGUUUACCUGUACGUCUGUUUUUACCAGAUCAGCAAUUACAAUUAGGGCUAAUUUGUUAACAUUAGUUAAUUCAUUGGCUAACAUGAACAUAUUUUUACAGCAUGUGUUAAGCUUUGUUAAUGUUACCUCUGUUGGUCUUCAAAAAAAGUUUCCGUUUUUAAAAUAAUGGACAUGAUUCGAAAGGUUAAAAGGUCAAAUUUUAUCAUUUUAUUUUAUUUUUGGUACUGCAGCCAAACACAAUCUGACUGAAAGCUAACUUUUUGGAUAUUUAAAACUCAGAUUUAAAUUUAGAUUUAGAUUUCAAACUUGAUUUCUUGCAGUUUUAGAGUAAACAUGAUUUAUAAAAGCAGUAAUCUGCCAAGUGUCGUCUUUAUGAGACUGUGCGCAAAAGCAUUCAAGAUUUACCACAGUUUCAGGUCUGCGCUCAUUAAGUGGAUAAAUGGAUGCUAAAUUCAGCGUACAUAUAAUUUAGCAUAUAAAAAAUUAAAUAAAAAUACAAAAUAUUACUUAAAAAGCAUUAUCACACUAAAAUAUAGUUAAUUCAUUUCAUUGACAAGAAAUCGGUCCAGGGAGUUAAAAAUGCAGUUGUUCAUGUUUGUUCACAGUGGAUUAACUAAUGUUACCAGAUACAACUUUUGAUUUUAAUUAUGUAAUUAUUAACUAAGGUGGUUACGUAUUGUUAACAAAUGAAACCCCAUGAUAAAGUUAGUUAGACAAAACAAAAGAGCUCUGAACGAAGCAAGUACUGUGAAUACUUCUCCAUGUACUCCUACACGACACAACUAAGGGAGUGAAAAUGGCACGUAAAACUCGCCUCUGUCUAAUCUGUUCCUCAAUUUCAGUGUAUUUUAUAUCUCAGUUGCAUUUGUGUGCUAAUGUCAAGAUCUGGCGUAGAUGAUGAUAAAACUUAUAUCAUCUUGAAGGCAUUUGAAGCCAUAUUAGCAAUACUAAUGCAGUACACUGUGAAUAUUUGGCUAGUUAACUGAUAAUGCCAUUUAGCUUUUGCUUCCUGAUUAAACCUUAGAUGAGCGGGAUAGAUGACCCCGCACGUCCCCAUUCUUCCUCUCGUUGCGUUUGAAGCACGGCAACACUUCUUUCUUUUAACCUUAUCUUCCACAUCUCCGUGUUCCUCAAUCGUACGUCAACUAGCUGUUUCCCCAGUGCCUCACUCUGUGAGAGUGAAAGUGGUUGCUAUGGCAACCUUAUUCGAAGCCGUUAUAUUUUUUGCUGUUGUGCAAAUAUUGUCCGACCUGAAAGAGAACAUGAUUUUUUUUUUUUUGCUACGAUAUACUGUAUCUGCUGUGGCUUUGCAAUCUUAUUUUUGUAAAUAAACACAGAUUCGCUUCAU